AUGAACACUGAGUAUCUUGUGCACGAUUUCAAGACUCUUUGCUCGAAGCUCUCUCGGACCUCGAGGACAGUAUUUGUCGAUCUCGGGGCAUCGCUUGUAUUUCACACUGGCGAACCGCCCACGUUAUCGUUGAUAAAACUUUAUCAAAAGUUCGGCUUCUACUUCGAUCACAUUUAUGCUUAUGAACUGACCCAAGGGAAUGUGACUGAAUUGUACGAUUCACUCCCGGCUGAGUGGCUUUCGUCAUAUCACUGGAUUAACGCUGGGGUUGAACUCGACCCUUCAAGUGCCCUAAAUCCAUUGAGCCUAUUGAUAAAAAGUUUCAGGCCCGAAGACUUUAUUGUGCUCAAAUUAGAUGUGGAUAAUCCUGAAAUCGAACUUUCGUUAGUAAAACAAAUCUUAGAGACCCCCGCACUUCACAGCCUGAUCGACCAGUUCUACUUUGAACAUCAUGUGCGCCUUGAAGAGCUCCGAGGGCCAUGGGGGGCAACAGUACGAGGUUCUGUCUCAGAUUCUUUAUUAUUGUUCCAAAAGUUGAGGAUGAAAGGUAUCCCAGCGCACUUCUGGGUCUAA